AUGAGCUCAAUUGCAGUCUUGGGUGGAAACGGAUUUUUGGGGCGUAAAAUAUGUGAGAUUGGGGUGCGUCAAGGUUGGUCAGUCACUUCGCUUUCGAGGUCAGGAGCUGCCCCAAAGGCAUUGUCUCACAUGGACAACUCAUGGAUUUCUAAAGUGAAUUGGGAGAAAGCAAACCUUUUGGAACCUGAAUCGUAUAGAGAAAAGCUAGCUGGCAAAACAGCGGUUGUGCAUUCAGUUGGUAUACUUUUUGAAGACCUGGACUACAAGUCUAGUAUCAAUCUGAAUUUUAGUUUUUUGAAUGAUGUACAAAAAUUGGCGAAUUCUCUAAAGGGGUCAAAUCCCAUGGCCAGAAAACCUUCGAAUACAUAUGGGGCUAUACAAAGGGAUCUGGCUGUUAUUCUCGCCGACUCGUUUUUGGAUGUCAGUCAGAAGGAAGGGGCAAGUGAAAAAAUUCCCGCAUUUGUAUAUAUUUCUGCGGAUGCGAAGCCUCCUAUCGUGCCUGACGAGUACCUUUCUACAAAGAGAGAAGCAGAGUUUGAACUUUCAUGCAAAAAAGGCCUCCGUGCAAUUUUUAUGAGACCCAAUUUCAUGUAUGAUGCGAAUGAGCCAGUCAUGAACAACAGAAAGAUCUUAAGCAGAUUCAUUGAUUUGGGUUACAAUGUCAAAAACAUACUUUUCUCAGACAAAAUUGCACCAUUGAAUGAUCUUAUACGGCCACCAGUAAGUACUGAAACCGUGGCUUUGAAGUUAUACGAGAAGCUUGGGGACGCAAACUUUCAAGGGGUGGUUAGCUUGGAAGAAAUAUUAAAAAAGAGUAGUUAA